GUUUUUCUAGUUUUACCGUAUCGUCUCCCAUACCCAAUUCCUUUCCUUUCCCAUCCAAUAUCAGAAUAGCCAAAGUGAGGGUGUCAACACCUUCUAUCCGCGUCCGCCAUGUGGCGAGACCGCACCAACCUCUAUAUAUCCUACCGCCAAUCCUACGCCCACCACCCGGCCAAGAAGACGCGAUACGGCCCCGGCCCCAGCGGCGACAGAAAUGGCUUCCCGGAAUUCGCCCGCGGUAGCGGCACCAGCGCCGAGGACCAGCAGGGUCUGCUCUCGGGCGCCGACUACCACGACGACGGCGACGCCGUCAUCGAGAUGGACCUGCUACCCCCGCGCUGGGCCGACAUCAACGACGAGGUCUCGGACCUACUCGCCGAAGUCGCCCGCAAGUCGCAGACCCUCGAGCGCCUACACCAGAAGCACGUGCUGCCCGGCUUCAACGACGAGGAGGCCAAGAAGGCCGAGGAAGGCGAGAUCGAGCGCCUGACACAGAGCAUUACAAAGGCCUUCCACGACUGCCAUCGCUGCAUCCAGCGCGUCGAGCAGAUGGUGCGCGACGGCAAGCAGAACGGCGCCAUGACUAGGGCCGAGGAGACCAUGGCCAAGAACAUACAAAUAAGCCUUGCGACGCGGGUGCAAGAGGCAAGCGCCGGCUUCAGGAAAAAGCAAAGCGCAUACCUAAAAAAGCUCCGCGGAAUGUCCGGCCUAGGCGCCACAUCCCCCGUCGGCGAGCGCAGCUCGACGCCCCUCGGCGGCACCAGCAGCAACACCUAUGCCGCGGACCCAUCUCUCCUCGAAUCCGAUGCCGACAGGUCAUACUCGCAGUCCGCGCUACAGCAGACGACACAGCAGCGCCAGCUCCACUCCAACGACGCGGUGAUCCUGCAGCGCGAGCGCGAAAUCGAGGACAUCGCGCAGGGCAUCAUCGAGCUGUCGGACCUGUUCCGGGACCUGCAGACGAUGGUCAUCGACCAGGGCACGAUGCUCGACCGCAUCGACUACAACGUCGAGCGCAUGGCCACCGACGUCAAGGGCGCUGAUCGCGAACUCGUCGUCGCCGCCGGAUAUCAGAAGAAGACUACUAAGCGCAAGCUUAUCCUCUUACUCGUCUUGCUCAUCGUCGGCGCUAUAAUACUCCUGGCCUUGAAACCGAAAGGCCGUGGUGGUGGUGGUGGUGGUGGUGGUGGUGGUGGUGGGGAGAGUAAUGAUGGAGGAACUGAUGGGGGAGGCGACGAGGGCUGAUGAGAGAGCAUUUCUGGGUUAUGCUUGUUGUACGUUUGGGAGGUAUGUAGGAAAUACGGUAUAUCAUAUUUUAGCUCAGGUCAGGUCACUGAGCUAUUCGAACUAGAGUUGUCGAGCCACCUAUCACGGGCAUGGGAGGCA